AUGCCAAUGUGUGGACGAGGGACGCGGCGGGAGGACCGAGAGGAGGAAGUGGGGCUGGGCGGGGCGCAGAGCGGUCCUGGCGACACGGGCGCUGCCUUGCCCCCUGCUCCUCCCGCUGAAGCCGCCCGCACGAGCGCCACCCGCCCAUCACGGACGCCGGACAGGGGUUGCCGCAGUGUCGCCGCGCCUGUUUCUAGUGGCUCUUCCGGGGCCGGGAAUGGGGACGCGGCCGACGACGCCAACUCAGAGGAAACGGAGGAAGGAAGCGACAUGAGUGACAUCGAUCGCUACUGCAAGCAUGAGGCCUUGUUCUCCAACAGCAAGGGUGUGAAUUAUUUUCUGAGGAGCAUGCCGCCACUAGAAGCACCGCGACGGACGCCUGACGAUCACCGUUGCGGCGGUGGUGAACAUUUCUCGUGCUCGCGGGAAGGCGAGACAUCGAAAACACCCGCAACGGCGCCGUUAACGAUGAAAGCUCAGCCUGAGCGGAGUGACAGCAACGGUGAUGACACCCCAAAGACAGUGGUGAAUUACAGCUCACUUACGGAGCGGGAGGGACCCGAGCACCAAAAUCAGCACAGUGUCGCAAGCUUUGCCGAUGAGGCAAUCUCGAACGCCACCAUAGGCACGGAUGCAAGUCGCCCAAUACAUCACUUACUCCGCCCCGGCUGCCGGAGCCUUCAUACACCCUCCACGGACGGUAACGGCCCCGUAGUUGCUGGGGCGCAAAGAGGGGGGGAGUACGAAAACAUGGAACCACGCGUUCAAAAUACUCCCGCUCCACAAGCCAUGCAGGCAAAUGACUAUGAUUUCUUGCAACCAGCCCAUUCAAACCUUGAUGCGGACACGCCACGUGUUCUGCUUCGAAGUGAGGGGUUGCCUACAUUGCAUGAACGGCGCAAACAUCAUCCUCACCAUCAGAAGCAUUAUCACAAUCUACAGGAGCAAUCGUUGCCAGCAGAUGUGGGGCCUAACCUGCAUUCCAAGGCAACCUUACAAUAUGGUACUGUGACACCCGGCGUGGAUCUACGGCAAGAGUGGCGGCACCCACAGUAUCAAGAACAGCCUCCUCAACAAAAACAAGAAGAAGAAAGACAGCAGGGGAGCGGGUCGGUAGAAGAAGACCCUCCUAUCGGGAGGACCGGCGCAUCGCUCUUCCCAGCAUUACCAACAUUUAGCCCCACCUCGUUUGUGCGCGCGUACGUUGGGGAGGGGACGUAUCCUUGGGAGGCGACGCUGGAUAACCGUCCUGCGCUCGUUGUCUCCUGCUGCGUGGCGGCAAUGAACUGGGUGGUGGUACAGUUUCUGCAGUAUCAUGUUCUCGAGACUCGCGAUCAACUUGGCCUGUUUGUGAUUGGGACCUAUAUCAUAUUCUCCACCUACUACAUGACGUACUAUUUUCUAGAGCGUUACUCGCUCUCUUUCGCUCGCAUAUCUCACGACAAGAAGUUUUACACCAUUGCGAACCUCAUAAAGGCGGGUAUUCUCGUCUCGCUGGUUCCUUUUGCCACUUCACACCUCGGAAGUAUCAUUAUGUUUGACGUCUGGGAUACAAAUACACUUCGCAAUCUUGGCUGCAUUUACACCAUUCCCGACUUUGUUUCCAUGAUCGUGGUGAAGCGGAUGAGUUGGUCAACCUGGAUUCACCACCUGUGCGUAUUGCUGUUUAACUUUUUUAGCACCAUGAAUGAUUACUCGCAGGAAAACAUCUGCCGCUGUGUUGUUGUCUAUGCAGCGUUUUCGACGUUUGCGUACUGCGUGAAUGUGCUACUCGCGUCGCGCUUUCUUGGGGUGUCGCCCAACGUCGCACGUGUACUCUCCUUCGUCGCUGUGGUUGUGUACUUUUUCUGCUGUGCCACUAACUGGAUCUGGCAAGUCUACUACCUGCGGAAGCUGCUUCGGGAGGGUCAUGGCCACUGGACCGUGUACGCGUACAUGCUUUUGAUAUGUUUGGUUAUUUACGACGACAUCAUGUUGAAUAAGUGGCUGAUUCACAACGCCAAAAACAAUGCGGGUGCCGCAGCGAAUUACAGGGAGCACCAACACCGGCAACAACAACGGCGCUCGGCAAGGAGUCCUCAUCGUGCGUGA